AUGGACGCUGAAGAUUGGCUGAUGGACACAGAGCGCAAGCUCAAGACUGUUGGAUGCACAGACCAGGAGAAGGUUAGAGAGUUCGAGAAUCUCGAACAGAAAGACAAAGCAAUUAUGACAUACGCCAGAGAAUUUUCAGGGCUAGCCAGAUACGCCGCUGAAGAAGUUAGUACUGAUGAUAAAAGGAAGAAAAGGUUCAUGAGAGGAUUGAGUCCAGCUUACAAGGUGCAACUCAGGAUGCUGAGAGCCACAGAGUUUCAAGAAUUGGUUGAUGCAGCCAUCACUCUGGAAGAUGACUUUAAACAAGUCCAAGAGGAGAAGCGUAAGAAGGCCAAGUUUGAGCCGAAGAAGUUUGUUAGCAACAAGCCCAACACCAGUUUGGCUUUCAAGCCGAGGUACAACCCCAAUAAUAACAGGAGGAACUUAGGAUUCCAGUCUAUGGCCCAGGUUAUUUGCCGUAACUGUGGAUUUAAAGGACAUGUCUAA